GUGGAGGACAUGACGGUAAUAGUGAGGCAGCACAUCAAGAUGGUGCGAAUAAUCACCCAUGACUACAGCUUUUCCCCCCGAGUGGAUGAUCUCUGUCCGCCGCCGCCGCCCAGCCCGCGCCGCCCAGCACCUCAUGCCCGUCACGUCACGUCACGUCCCUUCCUUCCUUCCUUCAACCAAACCCGCUCGUGAUUUCACCUCCAUCGCCCCAUUAUGCCCGAGCUGAGCCUGUUGGUCCUGCUCAUCCUGCUGCUGGCUGUCCUCCUGCUCCUCAGCCUGCUGGCGGUUGCCGUUUACUCCGGCCUUUUGGUCGAGGUGGCGGUGCGCUCCGGCCCGCCGCCCGUCCGCGCUCUUACCCUGGCCUACAAGUACAAGCAAGGCCCGUACCGCGAGGCGGCCUGUGUGUUUACAGAGAGCACCAGCAUCGGGCCGAAGCUGAGCUGUAUCGGUGUCUACUACGACGACCCUCAGCAGGUGCCGGAAGAAAAGCUGAGAUAUAUUGUGGGGAGCAUCCUGAGUGAAGGUGACGAGAAGCCAUCUGAAGAACUGGUCAAACUUUAUGAGCAGUUUGGCUUUAGAAUAUUUUCUUUCCCAGAAGUCACGCAUGUUGUUAUGACAACAUUUCCUUUCAUGACCUUCCUUUCACUGCUCCUAGCAACGUACAGAGUGUACCCAGUCCUAAAUAACUACAUCAAGGAACGGAAACUGUGUGCUCACCCCUGUCUGGAGAUCUACCGCGGUGAGCUGAUCUACUAUGUGUGCCCGCUGGCACGGCAGAGUGACUUCUAUGUUCCCGAACUAAAGGAGGCUAACAAGACAAAGAAUGAAGAAGAGGCAGAUGACAGUUGUACUGAUGUUGCAGAUUCAUUCAGUGACAGCAGCUCGGUGACUUACGAGGCCUACAGAGAGAGCAGGGAGACCUCUCUGAAAUUGCCUGUCACCCCUGCUCCAACCAAGACGGAGAUGGAGGACAGCGAUAGGAGUGAGUCAAUAGCGAGCAGCUCAUCCUUCGAGGACAUCGAGUUGGAAAUACGUGGUGUCGGGGAACGGCCCAACAUCUCUCCGAUUGCCGAUCCAGAAGGCAAAAAGAAACCAGGUCAACUAACAAACACAAAAAGACAUUUAGAUAUCAGAAGAAUAGAGGAAGAAUAAAUUGGAUUAAGAAUGCUUCUUGAUUCAAUUGAAAACUUCUACUGUACCAUACUCAUGAAAGCUUGCUGCAAUAUUAGAGAAAUGGCUUAAAAUUAUGGUUGGCAUUUGAUUAGAGAUGUAAACGUAUCAGAGUACAUGCAAAUACUGUAUUGUGAGCUGGAGUAUUAUUAUCUUUGAAUAAAUUCAAAUAAUUUGCUUUUUGCAAUUACAAAA